UUCGUCAGUGAAUUGUGUGAAAAUAGCAAUAAUUUCCCCCGAAAAUGGAUUACAGUGCAUUUGAGUCGUUUGACGUGAGGAUCAGUGAAUUCUUUCGCGAUCGCGAGGUGUUUUUAACCGGCGGCACGGGAACAGUUGGCAAGGCGCUCAUUGAGAAACUUUUCUACUCGUGUCCGCACGUGGGGAAGAUUUUCAUGCUGAUUCGGCCAAAGAAGGGCAUCAGCAUUCACGAGCGCUUGGCAAAGUUCACAUCUGACCCAAUCUUCAAGCGUAUUCGUGAAAAGGAUGAGAAUUUACUGAAGAAACUCGUGGCAAUUAAUGGCGAUUGCAAGGAAUUGAACUUAGGACUGAGUGAUGAUGACAAGGAAUUGAUGGGAAAUGUUUCAGUGGUGUUUCACGCUGCGGCCAGCAUUCGAUUUGAUGAUCCUCUGCAAGAUGCAAUCUUGUUGAAUACCAGAGGAACGCGAGAAGUGUUAGAGUUUGCAAAAAACCUGAAGAAAUUGUGUGUGUUUGUGCACAUUUCGACAACUUACUGCAUUCGUCCUGACCUGUUCGAUGUUGAGGAGAAGCUUUAUCCGAUGAAAGCUGACUGGAAGGAGUCAAUAAGGAUUGCUGAAAAUGUGGAUAAGGAAGAAAUGGAAAUCGUGGCACCGUUUUACAUGGAUUUCUUCCCUAAUUCUUACACCUUUACGAAGGGAUUAGCUGAGCAACUCAUCGAAUCGUACAAGGAUAAGCUUCCUGUCGUCAUAUUUCGGCCGUCUAUUGUGACACCGUCUUUGAGAGAACCUUUUCCUGGAUGGCAUGAUUUUAUCAACGGUCCCAUCGCCUAUACUCUUCCGGGCAGUCUCGGAAUUACGCAUGUUGCCAUCGGCAGAAAGUCAACAUUGUGCGACUACACUCCGCUGGACAUCGUUGUAAGAUCCUUGAUAGUCACUUCGUACGUUCACGGCAUGAAGUACGAAAGACACAAGCGAUUGCCGAAAGUGGAGGUCUACAACUGCGCCGCGGGAUUGGAAAUGGCCAUGAGCAUCCGGGAUUUGAUGAAGUACGCAAUGGGCGUUCUGGCUGUCUGGCCAGUUGACCAGGCAAUCUGGGUAUCUCGAGCGAUUCUCACAGAUUCGAUAAUUCUGUUCAAAGUUCUGACUAUCCUCAUGCAUUUUCUGCCCGUUUUGAUGCUUGAUUUCCUUGCAAUGAUCCUGAGAAGGAAGAGAAGACUUCUUCCAGUUAUGCGCACAAUUGCCUACGCGACGUGCAAAUUGCAGUUCUAUCUCUGCAACACGUGGAAUUUCAACAAUUCAAAAUGCUUCUCAUUGGCCAAAUAUGUUACAAAGGAAGAUCAGGAGGAGUUUCUAUUCGACUACUAUCCUGAAUAUCCACCGGAACGAUAUCUCUUCCUGUGCGCGAUAGGAAAUAGGCGAUAUUUGCUCAAGCAAAGCGACGACAAUCUUCCCUAUGCCAGAAGAAGAUUUCGCCUGAUUCAAAUUGGAGACUAUAUUUUCUUGGCACUGUUUUAUGCGUCGCUCUACAAAUUUUUCAUCCACGAAUAUGUCUCUGAAUUUUAUGGUAAUUUGUGUAAUUUGUACAAAUGAGGUUAAUAAAGUUAUUAAAGU